AACCCACCAGCCAUUCUGUCUUCUUCCCACCAGCUCCCUCAUUUAUACCCUCUUCUCCUCCACCUCUAACUCCAUUCCCAAGAUCUUCAAAAACUGAAAACAAAUCUCUUCAUCCCGUCUUAACAAUGUCUGAUUAUUUACCUCAAGAAGUAUUGAUCAAGAUCCUGGCAAGGCUGCCUCCAGUAUCUCUUAUCAAGUUCAGAUGCGUCUCGAAAUCAUGGAAUUUACUCAUCUCCAGCCCUUUCUUCAUCUCAAUGCAAACAGAACAAGCCAUUAUCUCCAAGCCCGUCGACGCCGGGACGGAGCAGAUCAUCGUUAGGCGCUAUUCGAAGGCCCAAAACAGCGAACUGUACACAGUGCACAUCGACAAUGAAGAGUUCCCUGAUGACAAAAACAUCAAAAUCGAAUACCCUUUUCGAGAUUCGACACGAUUCUAUUACCGUAUUGUGGGUUCUUGCAACGGGGUGCUCUGCCUCUCCGAUGACCUAUUCGGGCAGGCUGAUUCCACUCUGCUGUGGAAUCCCGUGAUCAAGCGAAAAGUCACGUUGCCUGUGCCACAAGCAACUUUUGACACCAUGGGGCCUUACAUGUUUGUGCUCGGGUUCGGAUUUGAUGUCGAAAAUAAUGACUACAAGCUUGUAAGAAUGGCUUAUGUUCAAGGGGAUUAUGGAUAUUUGGUGCCUCCAAAAGUUGAGGUUUAUGCACUAAGUAUAGGGAAUUGGCGCGAGUUUAGUGGGGAAGUUCCUGUGAAUUGUGUUGUGGAGUAUUUCUGGUCAGAGGUUCUUAUUAGUGGGAAAGUGCAUUGGGUUGCUUACCGGAAUAUGGGCAUGCAGGAGAAAGUAGAGAACUUGAUUAUGGUAUUCAACUUGAGCAGUGAGGUGUUUGAUGAAAUGCAGCUACCCUCUGCCUUAGAAAAUGAGCUGCCGAUUAAUUUGAACGCUGCGGUUCUUGCACGUUCACUAGCUGUCGUUCAGUACGACGAACGUGUAUGGAGCAAGAGUUGCUGCAUUUGGGUUAUGAAGAACUAUGGUGAUAGGGAGUCAUGGAGUAAACAGUACAACAUUGAAGUUGAUGGAGGACUUGGGACGAUUCUUGGUUUUAGAUCAAACGGCGAUGUCCUAUUGACUGCAAGAAAUCGGGGAUUAGUGUCGUAUAAUCCGGUUACAGGACAAAUCAGGGAUCUUGGUAUAUUCGGGACGAAAGACUCAUUUUACGUGGGCACUUACGUUGAGUCCCUUUCGUUGCUUGUUGAGGGGAAAGAAGCGCGAGAAAGGAUCCCUAGUGAUACCGAAACUGAGAGUGAGAGUGAGAGCGAAUGUGAAUCUUCGGUUGAAGAUGAUGAAGAUCGAUAUGGUGAUGUUGAGAAGAGUGAGUUUUGGAUGCAAUCUAGCAUGUGCCAGUAUCUUACUGUGUUGCUUAAGCGUACAUUUAUGUGAUUCUUCGUUUCAGAAAAGUGUUUUAAGGCCGAAUAGGCAGAUAUUUCUACCAGAUAAUGUUAACUUUCUUCAUCUUAUCUUCAUUUCAUGUCAGAGUUUUGCUAGUUCUAAUGAAUAGAAAAUGUGCAAAAGGGGGUGUGUGGAAAUUUAAUC